UCCUCCCACAUCAUCCCUACAUUUUUUUUUUUUUUAAUUUAGUGGCAUUGCCUCGGACUGCAAACCCAACCUUUAACACGCUCCAAGUCAACUUGCCCAAACUUUGAGUAAAAUAAUAUCUGGCGGGUUGAGAGGCCAUCCGACCCCAGCCCGAGAAAGGAAGAAAAUGGAUUUACACUACCGCUGUGGUCGCAGCCGCCCCUGCCUGGCGCUACUUGUACUGGUGUGUUGCGUCGGACGUCUAACUGCCAGCCGGAGAAAUAUCCCGCGGCGACAAGAUAGGCUGGGGCCUCCUGUGGACAUAACGCUGGAUUCUUUGAACUGCACAGCACUUAGUAUUCAAUGGAGGAUGCCUCAACAACAUGCAAAUACCAUCACAGGGUACACUGUGUUUUACACCGAGGUCAAGGCUGAUAAGCCAAUUAGGCAACAGUCUCAUGAUGUGCCUGUCAGUUUGGAUAUGCUCAGUAUGGGUCAGAUGGAUGGGCAAGCAAUUUUUGAAGUUGUUAUCGGAGACUUGAAGCCAGGGACUCUCCAUCGUGUAAGCGUGGGAGCUUAUGGCUGGGCAGGAAGAGGCAAAGCCAGCAUGCCUAGAAAUGUAACAACUUUAUCACAAGAUAAAUGUAUGCCUCCAGAUCCACCUAAUCAGCCUCAAGUCAUCGUUGUUUCUGACUCAGAAGUUGCUUUGUCAUGGAAACCAGGACCAAGUGAAGGAAGUUCUCCAAUUGAGUACUACACAGUGGAAUUUUUCAGACCCGAUUUUGAUACCAAUUGGACAGCAAUUAGAGAGCAGAUCCAGAUGGACUCUAUGGUUCUGAAGGGGCUAACUCCAAACAACAAGUAUCAGUUUGCCAUCCGAGCUACAAAUUCAUUUGGAUCCAGCCUGCCAAGCAUUCCCAGUGAUAUAAUCAGAAUGUUCCACCCAGAAGAGUUAGGGAGUGGAAGCUAUGGACAUCGAUACAUCACUGAGUCUGGAAAUGGUGAUGAUGAUGGAAUUGACGUUGAUGAUUCAGACUAUGACAUUUAUAUUGAUGAGCUCAAACCACUUCCUGCUAUCAAAGGAGGCAAUACAAAGUUUUCGGUUGAAACCAAGAUAAUACAAGGGUCUAAUGCAGAACUCCUUUCUAAGCUGCUUUCACCAACUACAUAUCCUAUCAGUUCUAUUGCAACAACUACCCUCCUGCCACGCACUACUGUUACUUCCAGCAUUACUGCUAAGGCCAUCAGGAGGAACAGCGGGACUUCAGUUGUACGACAGUCUGAUCAGUCCUGUGAUGAAACCAUCUGCUCUACCAACAGCUUUUGCAUCAAUGAUUAUGAGCGAAGUGGCUCUCGUUGCCAUUGCAACCUUGGCAAAGGAGGGGAGAGUUGUUCAGAAGAUGUUAAUAUUCAGUAUCCUCAGUUCUUUGGGUAUUCCUAUAUCUCCUUUGAACCUCUUAAGAAUUCCUAUCAGACAUUCCAAAUUACGGUUGAAUUUAUGGCAGAAGCAGAGGAUGGUUUGCUUCUGUAUUGUGGAGAGAACGAGCAUGGGCGUGGGGAUUUCAUGUCACUGGCAAUCAUCAGGCAAACCAUUCAGUUCAGGUUCAACUGUGGAACUGGAAUUGCAACAAUUACAAGCAAGGACAAAAUUAAACUGGGCAGUUGGCACAGCGUGACUGUAUUUAGAGAUGGAGUGGAUGGAUGGCUUAGUUUGGAUAACAGUCCUCCAGUUUCUGGUAAAUCUCAGGGUCAAUAUAGCAAAAUUACUUUUCGGACUCCCUUCUAUCUUGGUGGUGCUCCCACUGCCUAUUGGCUUGUGAGGUCUGCAGGAAUCAAUCAUGGCUUUCAAGGGUGUGUUCAGUCACUCAUUAUUAACGGAAAGACCAUUGACAUGCGGCCUUGGCCUCUGGGAAAAAGCCUUAGUGGGGCAGAUGUUGGUGAAUGUAGCAGUGGGAUUUGUGAUGAGGCUUCCUGCAUUAAUGGCGGUACCUGCAUGGCAAGCAAAGCAGAUCGAUACAUCUGCCUUUGCCCACUUGGAUUUAAAGGUCGCCACUGCAAAGAAGAAUCUUCUCCUGGCCCUGAAGAAGCAGAAGCUUUCGCCCUCACCAUACCUCAGUUCAAUGAGACACUGAAAUCCUUUGCUGUUGCCCCCUGGCCAUUAGAACCACUGAGCUAUCUUUCUUUCAUGGAGUUUGAGAUCACAUUUCAUCCAGAUGCAGCAAACGGUGUCCUCUUGUAUAGUUAUGAUACAGACAGCAAAGACUUUCUAUCCAUUUGCAUUGUGGACAGCUAUGUGGAGUUCAGAUUUGACUGUGGUUCAGGAACUGCUAUAAUCAGGAGUGAAGACCCCAUCAGUUUGAACCAGUGGCAUGAGCUCAAAGUGUCACGCACAGCAAAAAAUGGCAUUUUGCAGAUUGAUCAGCAAACCCCAGUAGAAGGAAUGGCGGAGGGAGCUUUCACACAGAUUAAAUGUAAUCCUGAGAUCUUCAUAGGUGGAGUACCAAGUUACGAUGAUGUGAAAAAGAACUCCGGUGUUCUGAAACCAUUCUCUGGAAGCAUUCAGAAGAUAGUUCUGAAUGACCGGACGAUAGACAUGAAGCAGGAUUUCACAGCUGGGAUCAACUUAGGGAAUGCGGUCCAUCCCUGUGUGAGCGCCCCCUGUGACAACGGGGGUUCCUGCGUGCCCAAGAAAGAUGGGUAUGAAUGUGAUUGCCCUUUGGGUUUUGAAGGGCAAAACUGCCAGAAAGCUGUGAUGGAAGCCAUUGAAAUUCCACAGUUCAUAGGUCGCAGCUACCUUACAUAUGACAGUCCAGAUAUCCUUAAAAGAGUGUCAGGAUCAAGAACAAAUGUGUUUAUGAGGUUUAAAACUACACUGAUGGAUGGUCUAUUGUUAUGGAGAGGUGACAACCCAAUGCGAUCCAACAGUGACUUCAUCUCCCUUGGUCUUCAAGAUGGUUCCUUGGUCUUCAGCUACAAUCUGGGCAGUGGCGUUGCUUAUAUAACAGUGAAUGGCUCUUUCAAUGAUGGCAGGUGGCAUAGAGUCAAGGCAGUUCGGGAUGGACAAUCUGGGAAGAUAACGGUGGACGAUUAUGGUGCCAGAACCGGCAAAUCACCAGGAAUGAUGAGACAGUUGAACAUCAAUGGGGAUUUAUAUGUUGGGGGAAUGAAAGAAAUAGCGCUGCAUACAAACAGACAGUACAUGAGAGGUCUGGUAGGUUGCAUUUCCCACUUCACACUUUCUACAGAUUUUCAUAUUUCACUAGUUGAAGAUGCAGCUGAUGGGAAGAACAUUAACACUUGUGGGACAAAGUAAUAGAGAGCAAUCCGUCACACGGGAGAGACCGUUGUGUAGCAGCAACAACAAAAUGACUGAUCUUGUGCAGUGAGGACUUCUCCCAAGAAACACCUGGAAGAACGAAUCAGAAGUGAAGUGAAAACAAAACAAAAGGGACCAUUUGCCAUCCUCUCUUCCUUUGGAUGUUGUGCUCUUUCAGUCAUCCCGAAUGCUUUGAUAGGGAGCAUCACAAUUAUUACUACUUUAAUUACAGGACAAUCUAGCCAAAUCUCAGCACUGCUACGUACGGCUUUUCUUGCCGUGCCCCAUGCAUAAAACAUGCAGCUCUCGCGGAGCUAUCUAUCAGGCAUGUCUGGUUUGUGAGUGAAUGGCAUUUGCAAGGGACAGUUCGCCCCCUGACUAAGAAAUGACUCGGAUGUGCAGCAGCUGGCUCUUUUUUGUUUAUUCAUUAGAUUUCUAUUUUGCCUUUCCUCAGGAGCUCAGGAAAGCACUACAGAGGCCUCCUUCCUCCAAUUUUUCUCCACUCCGUGAGAUAGGAUGGGCUUAGAGAGAGCGAGAAGCCCAGGUCCCCAGUGGGUCUCUGGCUGAGGGGGGACAUGAACCUCUUCUCCAUGAUCCUCGUCCAACACUUUCACUAUUAGGCCCUACGGGCCCUGCUAAUGGAACCCAGGGCUUCUGAGGGUGGGAACAACUCCUGCCUUAUCCACUGUGCUUUAUCACAGAGCAAAUUCUAAGGUCUCCAUUUAUGUUUUCCAUAGCUGCUCUUUUUUUGUUCCUGCCCCUCAGUUCUUCUUUAGAAAUAGCAUGUGGACUGGCUCAUCCAAAUUAGAGGCUGAGCAGUGGUAAUUAAAGGUUAAUAUUACCAGCAACCCCAGCUGUGGAGUAGCAUGAUCUAAAAAAGCUGCUCCACAAAUAUAUGCCCACUUUGAGGGUGGUGCUAAAGCCAGAACCACCGGUCCAGCUUAAUUGUCACCUUUAUUAACGGGGUGGCUGCGAACUCCACCAGCAGAGCAUAUGGCUAGUUUCUGGAUUGUUCGACAGCAAGACCACUAGGACUAUGCAUGAAAAGAAAAACCUGUUCUUUGGGGCUGUGUGUUCUAUUGUCCAUGGGGAGCAAUGGGAAAUUGCUUUUUCCCUUAUUAUGCAGCCCAGGUCCACAUGCAAAAUGGGGUUUGGUCCAUGCUGAGUGCUACCUGCCACACAACUUGCAGAAAAUUUAGAUGAGUUGGUUUUUAAUAACAAAGUAUUAAAUUUUGUUUAGAUUAGAAUCUGUUAUCAGAAGAGGUUUUCUUAAUAGUUUGUUUUAUUUUUGGAGAAAAGUUGUAUCCUUGGCAAUUUUUUUUGCAGUCAAAGACACUCCACUUGUCUAACAAGAUCGUACACAUAGACUAGCCUCCCUCCCUCCCUCUGUGGCACUCGUGUUAUAGGCCUACUAAAAGAAAAUGUGUUGCUUUUUGCUAAUGGUUUUGCUUGCAAAUGAGGAGGCUGCUGCAACUUCCUAUUUGCAUGAAUAAAAUUAACAUUACAACAAAAGAUUGAACUUUCACAGAGUACACACACACACAUAUACAGCAGCCCAAACCAUCACAGAAUCUUUGCAAUUUUAAAUGCACUCUUAAAUUUAGCAGCAGGACAGAAGAGUAUGCACAGAGGGUACAUGCACGCAAAAGCUUAACAGACCAGCUAAAACAAUGUUACACUAGCCGCUGUUUAUAUUUACACACUCUCAGCAGCUUGUGUGUGAAGCACAGUAGUGGAUGCACACACCCUGUUGCAUUAUCAGCCUGCAAAAUAAAGCACAGGUCAUCAUAUGUGCAACGUCACCUGUCCCCCCACGUGAACUCUUAAGUUCUCCAUAGCUGUUCUUUUAAAAAUGCAUAGUAGUGUACCAGGCAACCUGUCAGACUUACAGCUCUGGGCAAUCUUCCUCUGUCUGGCCAUGUGCCUCUUUGCUUUUUUCCUCUCAACUCUCAUUCCCACAACCCUCCAUCCCAUCUAAAUUGAUAACAUCCAGGACCUGACUGGUUUCUGCUGCUGCUGUACUAGUUAGGCUGGGGAAAGUUUGAAAAAAACAUGUGCCUCGAACAACAGCCCUUUCAGAGGGCUCAAGACACUCAGAUUGAAGCUGCUUGAAAAAUAGAAAAAUCUGUGUGUUUCACAUUCAGAACAAAACUAGUCCUGCCUUGAAACAGAAUAAUUAGAAUAGGUCAGACUGUUUCAAGGUUGACCAUUUUGUACAUCCUGAUCAAAGUCCCCUUGUCCAGUUUCUCCGUCGGUUGGGCAAUUUCCAGGGAACACUUCUGUUUUGUUUCAGACUCAGAAAACUCUAAACAGCUUUUUGUGGUUGAAGGGCUUGAAGGUCAAAAUAUUUGGCAUGCCCUAAGACCAUAGACGUGAGGUCUACAAAAAAUAGCAUGUGAAAGAGAAGGACUAUGGUAUUUGCAUGUCAUGGGUUUGUAUAUAUGGGGUUACUGCUCGCUCAUGCACUGACUCUUCUUUCUUCUAGAUGAAGUUAUACGAUACAGGAAGGGACAAUUUUAAACUUGUGAAUUGCUUCUUUUUUUCUGCACUAAAGGAAGUUGAGAUAUUUUCCUUAGCUCUUUAAUUGAACACUCAUACAUCAACUUGCUAGAGGAGAUGAGGCACCCACAGAGGUGGGGAGGGUGGGUCAAAAAUAAUCAAGAUGCUGAUUGUGUGAAUGAAACUCUGCCAUUUUUACAUGUGACACGAGUUAAAAGGGAGUGGGGUUUCAAUCACACACGGCUGCCAUAUUGAUUUUUUUGACACCCUAUAGAGGAAGAAAGUAUCAUAUUCUGCAAACAUAAGUUUCUUCCAGUCAGAUGUUUUGAUAUACAUAAACAACAUGUUAUGGUAACUUCAUGAGUCAUGGAGAUGAUCUCAUCCUCCUCCUUUAGACAUUAACCUAUACUCUCCCUCUUUCAUCUUCCCCCUUUUAAUGGAUACAAUUUGCUUAGCCAAAAUCAUAUGAAAUACACUGUUUUCCCAAACUCUGAAAGUUUCAUAUUUGCUCCUGUAGGCUUUUGAGGGAAGCUUUGAUCCUUAUUGCCCCUCCGCAUUCACUUCUCUAAACACAUCAGUUUUGAGCAGGUGUGCAGGUGCUUCAUAUAGUGUUUCCCUAUCUUCUCUGAGUAGUAAGCAGAGUAGUUGGGUCUGGUUAAAGUACAGCUGCUUUCCCAAUUUCAUGGACUUGGCAAGGUUGCCCCUUUAGAAGAGCCCUCCCAAGAAGGAACCUCUUUCAGGAACCCAAUAUCCAUCCUCUCCCCAACAUCUUCCAACAGACAAACUGAAAGUUGAAAUAAUUAUGCUUAGAAUAGGGAUGUUCAGAUAAAGUCCUUUAAGAGUCUGCUUUCUUCUACAAAACCGCCCUUCCUAUAGUACAACCUGAAGAACCUUCCUCAGAGGUUACAUGUGUAAAUACAGGGGCAAAUUACAUUCCUUUGAGGAGCUCCAUUUUACUUCAGAAUUCCUCCACAAAAGUUUGGAUAAAAGUUUCAUUUUUAAUACAGUUAACCACCGGACUUCUGCUUUCAUUGUUUUUUGUCCUGCAAGGGAAAGAAAAAUAUCUUUUUUUUUUUUUUACACCAUUGACCUCAGUUAACAUUCCUGGAGUUUGCAAGUGCUGAUCUAGAAACUAAAUUGAGUAUAAAUUACAUUCAUGGGUUUGACUGUUGAGCUUUCAGCUACAUCUAAUUUAAGAUUGCUCAUAACUAAGGUAAUUUUCUUGAUUGCUCUAAUUUUGGCCAAAUGUGUUUCAGAACUAACCACUGUUUCAUCAGAGAUCAAGUUAGGUGUUUUCCUUAAGGAUCAGGUCAUGCUUCAACCUGAUCUAGCCUUUAUUACAAAGAUUAACUCCCUUUUUCACUGGAAAUGUCAUUAUCCUCAUUUUGCUCUAAUCUCUCUCAUCAUAAGAAGAACUGGCAUAAACAAUGAUUUUAUGGCAUGCUGCUUUAAUAGGUGUGCAGAUUUUUGGCAGUCUGAAAGCUUAUUCAAAUUCAAAAUGGUAUCUAGGGUGUCUGAAAGAACGUAUCACAGGGAUCUAUGCAGCCUUAUGUGGGGGAAAAACACAAGUGAAUUGCAUAUUCACUUAGAGAGAUUGUGACUUGAGCAGUUUUCCAGUAGAGGAGUUUUGCAAGUUUCUCACUUGGGCAUCAGUGUGCACACAUGAUGAAUAUGCAUUGGCAGUUUUCAGUAGACGACGACUUCAGAUAAUGCUACUUUUCCCUAGCAUGACACUGCUUUAUCAUAUCUUGAGGCAGAGAGUGCCCUCUGGGGCUUCAGAAGAAAAUUACUGUUCAUUUCUAUUCUCUGAGUCACUCAGAAGACAUUUAACCAGCCUCUGAUUUCCAGAAUUGGCACUGAGAUUUUAGAGUUUAUGAGGGAGGACUUCGUGAGAUUGUUUCCCCUCCUUAAAUUCAACUUUUUUUUUCUGCUUGCAAUCUAAUAUUCUAACAACUGGUACUCUCUUUUCUAGUUCCUUGCCCACAUGCCACACAAAAGCAGAUACAGCGCAUGGCUGUCCCUUCUCAUCUGCAUUUUCAAUACAUGCACCUUUAUUUGCCAGAAAUUAUGGAAAGGUAAGAGAGCAAGUUGCAAGGCUGCCAGGCCACCUUUCCUGUGCUGCAUUUAACAGCCUCUGAGCAGUGAUGAGAAAGGGAAUAGCAUAUCAGCAUGUAAACAGCCAUUUCUUCUUGAGGGCCCCAAAUCAUGGUUGCGCGUUGCUCUGGCAGUUGCAACCUUACGUGAUGCAAAGGGGAAGAUAUCUUAUAAAUGUACAGGAUGCUGAGGGUCUGCAGGGGGAUGAUUGCUUUGAAUCUAGGAACUGAGAUGGGGCAAGAGCUCUAGCCAAUAGUAAGCAGACCAGUUACUUGCCCUGCAGAGUGUCAGAACUGCAGAUGGAAUAAUUCCACUGUUCUGGUUUCAAAUAAGCCAUAGCAGAGCUAACAGCAGAUGGGCAAAAACUACUCCACUCUUAAAGCCACAGGCCAGUGCAGAGAUCCAGGACUAGUUCCAGAGCACUGAGCCUUCAUGUGGAGGUAGCUUAAGGAGUUUUUUUAUUUUUUUCCAUAUAGAAAGAAAAUGUAUCUACAAAUGUAGGCAAUUACCUGUGAGUAAGUGAGUGAGUAAGUGAAUAAAUAUUCCAUAGGAUAUCACUUAUUCUGAGGAGAGUGCAGAAAUGCAGGAAACAAUUGCCAUCCAUUUUUCUCUAGGAUCAUUCCCUUACAUAUUCAUCUGCCUUAGCUGAGGUCUUCCUUCCAUACAAGUUUUUGUAGAAACAGCUACAUUCAGGAAUACUGCUGUUAGAUCAGAGGACUCGCCAAAGAGCACUGAAUACUUGCGUUUAGAAUUUUUGGAAUUUCAAUUUAAUUUUUUUUAAAAAUGCACAUCAAGUAUGAAAUGCCAGUGUGUAUGCAUUCAGCAGCUGGAGCAUUCCAGGAAAUGUUAGAAGAGAUCUUGAGAUGGACAGGGGAGUACAUAGCAAUCUGAUUAUAUUACAUCAAGACAAGCUCACUAAUGCAAAUGGGGUAACAUUGAGUUUCUGUCUAUAUCAAACGAAUCACAGAAGCUAAUUGUGUGGGCAUUAUAUUGCAGUUCUACUAACCACAAAAAAUGGUACAAUGAUCUGCAAAAAGGAUCAUGCUGGCCAGCAGAAAAGGUGGUUUACAGAACAUAAUGUCAUGAGUUGCUAAAGGAUUGGAUAUUCCAUUGCUAUUCAGAGGUGUCCACAGAAUGUGGUUAAAAAAAAAAUCAAGAUGGUGGCUGUGAUGAUCCAGUUGAAGGCACAUAAAAAACAAGCAGAGCUUCAAAUUGCACCAUUGCAGCCACCAUCUCGAGAUUUUUUUACCACAUCCUGUGGAUGCUCCUGAUAGCAUUCCAAGAGAUGACAUUUGCAAAGAAACCUAUCUUUGUGAUCCCUUACCUUCCAGUGUAAAUAUUCACAUUAACUUUUUCCCAGAUUGUACUCUUUGCUGAAGAGGACAGGUCCUACUAUUUGAAAGAAAAUACUUUUUUUUAGUACAAACAAUGAAAAAUCAACCAUCACAUUUUAUAGCACUACUUUUGUACUUGUAUAUUUUUAUAUAGCGGCAGUUGUGGCAUCGAUCAGCUAGAUAAUUUUGUGAACAGGUGUAAGACACAAUUUGGCACGUUUUACCUGCUCCCCAAAAGGGAUGAGAGGGGGGAUGUUAACAGUGGGGGAGCAAAGAUACUUUGUAAUUUCAGAAAAAGUGUGAAAUGUAACUCGUCUUACAAUUUAUUUUGAGGAUUUUAGGGUAUACAUAAAGAGCUGGA